GUAAAGAUAAAACUAGCGGUUGUUGCACACAGCAUUGAGCUGUCUGCACUGAACUUGCCGAGGGCAUGAGGCGGGAUUGGUAGGGCUCUCUCCUCUUUCUGCCCUCCUCCUCUGCCACCCCAAAAUUUAUUUAUUCGCACACGUCUUUCGGUGUCUAAUUUCCCGCAAUGUCACAUCCAGAAAUCGAAGUCUGGAGGAACCAUGAGCGGGAGUUUCGAAUCUACCCAGACAGAUUCUAUAAACGAAGCUUUCGGCCCGAUGAAUAUCAGCUCGAUAUUCAGAACAAACCAUACGUCCCGCCUUUGGGACCCGAACGGAUUCGAAACGAAGCUGCCUGCCUACAGUUUAUUCGGCAAACAACGAACAUCCCCGUACCGGACGUCCUUGAAGCAUACGAAGAAGACGGGUCCUUUGUACUUGUUACAAGACUCCUGUCGGGUGUCCAAAUGAGCAAACUGCCAUCUGAAGAUCAAGCUGUAGUGAUGAAAGAGGUGGACUCCUAUCUUCAAAUAUUGCGAAAGCUUCAAUCGAAUCAUAUAGGCGGCCCUUCUGGAAUUGUCUGCCCUCCACAAAGAGCAACUCAAUAUUUUCCAAAGGACACGGUUUGGUCGAUUAGCACUACGCCAGAGACUGAUCUGGUGUUCUGUCAUUGCGAUUUAUCACAAUCAAAUAUUAUUGUCGAUCCUAUAACAUUGAAGAUCGAGGGUAUUAUUGAUUGGGAGUACGGAGGCUACUGGCCUGCCUUCUUCGAGACUCCAUAUUUCCGCGAUCCAAGGCCUUCGGGGGCGCAGUUCAGGACUCGUUCUGAGAAUAACCAGCUUGUGGACUUUCUCAGAAAUGGAAUGUCAAAGAGCAAGGUAACAUGAGAUGUAUUGAACAGGAGCAGCGUGGGCACGCUGUAAUGGAGGCACGAAAAGGGUAAUCCAACUGCCAACAACUGGCCCAGUGCCGAUCGAACUAGAUCGCAGCUGUAAACAGCUGAUCAGUUAAUAGGUCAGCUGAAAACGGCAGCUGGGAAAGGACUAGAAAGAGAAGGGCAACGAAGAUAGCGAGAAAAGGCAUGGCAAGAAACAAGUGAAUAGAGCUGUAACUAGUAAUAACUAUAGGUUUAAGUCUAACUGUGGCCAUCUAAGGAAAGGGUGAACAGUUAAUGGAAUUACAGCUAUCUACGUGGCCUUUUGGAGCCGUUUUUA